AUGGAGGACUAUAUGAUCGAGGUCUUGGCAUUCGGCAUCAUCCAACCUUCUACCUCACCAGCCUCUGCUGGCUUUUUCUUUGUAGCUCCUGAGCUCUGCUCCAGUGCUCUGGAGAUGAGGAAAGAGUGUGAGAGAGUAGAGAGGGACAGAGACAUUAACGCUGCCCCCAGCCACUGCCAGGAAAAAGAAAACACAAUACUGCAGCUGAAAUGGAGGGAGCAGCCUGUGGGAUUUAAUAGAGUACACCUAGGAGCUGAAGCUCCCAUCGAGGGGGGCCUCCAGUGGAGAGCGCCGGGAUUAAAAGGAGUCCUGGCCAUGAUGGGCCCUGUCAUGCUCCCCAGUAAGAAGGCAGAAGGCUCUGGAGUCACUGUAGCCAGCAGGCAAAGCCCGUUAUACCUGGCUGGCUCAUUGGGGGAAGCUCUUCAGGAGGCAGUUGUGCUGGAGCCCCGGCUACCCCUUUCACUGCCCCUACCUUUGCCUCUGCCCUUGCCUGCUGUCAGGCCUGAGGAUGAGGAGCUGACCAGCCUCAGCUGGCUCCACGAAACAGCCGACCUGCUCAACAGCUUUGGUGGUGAUGCGGUGCUCCGCAGUGUUAGCCCCAUUACACAGGAGCCUGGCUGGCACACACCACCUUCGCCGGUGCCCCUGGGGCAUGGGGUAUAUUGUGGCCCUAAUGCAAAGCCACCAUACUCCUUCAGCUGCCUCAUCUUCAUGGCCAUUGAGGAUGCUCCCUCCAAGAGGCUCGCUGUAAAAGACAUCUAUGGCUGGAUCCUUGAGCACUUCCCCUACUUUGCUAAUGCACCCACAGGCUGGAAGAACUCUGUCAGGCACAACUUGUCCCUCAAUAAGUGCUUCAAGAAGGUGGACAAAGACAGAACUCAGCAGAACAUAGGAAAGGGCUCCCUGUGGUGCAUCGACCCAGAGUACAGGCAAAAUCUCAUCCAGGCGCUGAAGAAGACCCCCUUUCAUGCCUAUUCUCAAGUGCUCACCAUGCCUUCCACUUCUCCUGAGGCAUUUCAAAGCAGCAGCAAACAGGGUACAGGAGUUGUGCUGUUUCCAGGCAAAGUUGAAGGUCUUCUGGAAGCCAUUGCUGCACAGAAACUUCAGUUUCCUCCUGUGGCCUUCAGGGCCAAGACCCACCCAUUCCAUGACAGUGACCUUAAGGGUCAUGUAGUGGUUGGUGGUGACAGGUCUCACCAGUUAUGGCAGAGGUCAGCCAGGAAGCCAGUGGUAGGUCAGAGCAGUGCACUCAAAGACAUCCAGGAAGGUCUUACAGCUGUUGUACAGGGACAUCUUGGAGAACAGCAUCAAGGGGCCUGUGGCAGUCCUUACCUGACACUUGAGACGGGUGAAGAGUUGGUUGAUCAGCAGUCAGAGUGGGACCAAAGACUGACUGAAGAAGCAAAUAGUCUGAAGCCAGGGAAUGAAGACCAGGGAUGCCUAGGCCAUGCAUGCAAAGGGAAUAGUUGUAUCAAAGAGAUUCUGCAAGUGUGA